UUGGACGGCUGUGACUCAGUUUAAAUGCCCUGCAGCUGAGCCCACGAGCUCGACAGCCACAGCGCGCCAGGCGACUGACAGCUCGAGGCAGCUGCUGGAACUCUGGACACCUGUUGCCACGGUAACAGAACAGGCAGGAAAAUUACCAAUAAAAGAAACCUACAGCCCUGCCAGGUGUUCCCUCCUCUGUUUAAAAUCUCCACAGCUGUUAAAGACAGUUAGCCAUGUCGUCUACAGUGCUGCUGAAUCUGCUGCGUUGUGGUCGCGCCACCAUCACCAGACAAUCCUUCCUCACUGUUCGAUCAUCACCAGAAACAUCCACAGCUUCUGCACAGGUAGGUGGGGGCUGUCGGGUGGGCGUACGACAGGCCAGCAGCUCAGUCCGUUUCGACAGUGAUGGCAGUGGCCGGCCAGUGACCUGGGACUCAUUUGGUAUCUGGGACAACAGGAUAGAGGAACCGAUACUGCUGCCCUCCAGUAUCAGAUAUGGAAAACCAAUUCCGCAGGUCAGUCUGUCUCGUGUCGGCAGUGCAUCUGUUCUGGGCCUCAGGAACCAGAACGAGGACCGUCUCCGUUUUGCCCGUAUCCAUGACAACCUGCUGUACUUCGCAGUAUUCGAUGGCCACGGCGGACCCCAUGCUGCCGACUACUGCUACACCUUCAUGGAAAAAUUUAUCAGAGGUGCGUUGGAGGAAGAGGACGAUCUGGAGAAAGUUUUAAAGAAAGCCUUUUUAGAUGCUGACAAAGCUCUUCACACACACCUGAGCUACUUCAACAAUGCCUCCUUCCUGACAGCCGGCACCACAGCGACAGUUGCUAUGCUACGUGACGGUAUUGAGUUGGUAGUUGGCAGUGUUGGAGACAGCCGGGCGAUGUUGUGCAGGAAGGGACGAGCCAACAAACUCACCAAAGACCACACACCUGACCGCAAGGACGAAAGACACCGGAUACAGAGGUUUGGUGGCUUUGUGACGUGGAAUAGCGUGGGUCAGGCUAACGUUAAUGGACGGCUCGCCAUGACUCGUAGCAUUGGAGACUUCCACCUGAAAUCCAGCGGUGUCAUCGCUGAGCCAGACACACAACGGCUAACUGUCCAGCAUGCCAACGACUCCUUCCUUGCUCUGACCACUGAUGGCAUCAAUUUCCUGCUGAGCGACCAGGAGAUCUGUGAUAUGGUCAACCAGUGCCAAGACCCCACAGAGGCUGCAGACAUCAUUGCUCAGCAGGCACUGCAGUAUGGCUCGGAGGACAACUCCACCAUCAUCAUCGUCCCGUUGGGAGCUUGGGGGAAACAUCAGAGCUCCACCAUUGUCUACAGUAUGAGCAGAAAUUUUGUUUCGAGUGGGAGAUGGGCGUAGAUGAAACACACAAACACAAAAAGCACAUCGCAGUGCUCUUUGACUUGAAGGACACAAACAUUUUCAAUCUUUUCCCAAACUCAACAUUAUCCAUAAACUCCCCUGAAUUCACCUGACGACACCCAUCAGUAGUGCUGCCUUUCGUAUUAUUUUUCCUGUGUUAGCUCAUGGCUGACUAGUCAUCAGUGUAGAGUGACUUUUAUUAUAUUGUACAUACAGAGGGGUUUGUUGCCUUUUCUGGUUGCUUUUCUGGUUUUUGCAUCAUAUGCAUUUAGACAAACAUUUUACCACCCCUCAUGUAUUUUUUCAAAAGUGACUUUCAAAAGUAAAUUUAACCUCUCAUUAACCUACUUAUACAUUUAAACAGUUUUUGUCACUAACAAGCUGUAUCAUUAAUUAAACUCAAAUAAAACCAAAAUUAUUUGUAUAAAAAAUACUUUUUAUUUUUAGAUAAAAGUAAAAUGUCAUUUAAAACAAGCUCUGAGUGAAUGACUCUUUUUAAAACAGGGAAAGGGUGAUGAAAAAAAACAACUAAAUGAAAGAACAUCAUGAUUUUGAUCAAUACUUGAAUUUGUAAUGUUACCAAUUUUCUGUCCUCUGACUACUUACAAAGCUUCAGUUUUUUACCUGCCAGGUUGGCUAAAACACAAAAAGUGCUAUAUUUCUUUUUACCAGCUAAAUAAUUAAUGUAAUCACUAAGUUUCAUAAUUUACUCUUAAUGACAUAAAAUUUGGUCUUCUCUGUAGAUGGUGUUUAGAGAAGCAGGGACAAAUAAAUAUAUUGGAUGAGUGAGACCACAAAAACGAAAGCUGUUAAAGAAAGAGUAUUUUUAUAUUUUAUGUACUUAAAAUUUGAUAAAAGAAAAGUAUCUAGAACUCUGUAAUUGGAUUGUCCCUUGUGUCAGUUAUGAACUAGCUCGCUCAAGUGUUUUGAACAAGAAACUGAAACAUCUACCAGUACAGUGAUGAAUAAAGUUUGACAUGUUGAACUGAAA